AAAGCAUUCCUCCAUGCUAUGCUUUUGGAGGAUCAGAAUAAAAUAUUAGGAUGAAGCUCUGAAGGCACCAGACCCAAGCUGAGUGCAUGUUUGGAGAUCAUGUGUGUCUCCUCGCCACCAUUCACUCCUAGAUUUUAUGCCGUCAAAUCCAGAUAUUGUGCUGAACCCACACUCACCCCAAGCAUUAGCAAAGUGUUUAGUUUCAGAUCAUUCAAGAACUAUUGUGUCCCAGAAACUCAAGUGAGUUAUGAUUUUUGUGAGAAAAGGAAUCUUGAAUUUAGCAGAAAAAUAAAUGAUUUUGACUUUAAUAAUUGUUUUUGGAUAAAUUAUAAACUUGGCAGCUGUUCUAAUUUGCACAAAUCAGUUGAGAUAUCAGUUAAUAUAUUGAUAAAACUCAUCUACUUUGGAUUUAUGAGUGACAUUGUUUACAUUGUGGUGUAUCAGAAAAAUCAGUUUAAUAGAGAUUGUGUUCAAGAGGUUUGCAAGGAGUUUUGCAGAAUUGAUACUGAUGUUACUUCAUCUGGGUUAAUUACAGGGAGUUGCCAAGCUCUCCCAUCUCUUAAGCUAGAAUUCUGCAGAUUGAAGAGCGGUUUUUUGUGUCCUGAUUUCAAUACCUGCAAAAAAUUAAGCUGGCAACUUUGGCUGUUAUUAAUUUUCUUCACAGCAUGUGAAAAGCUUUUGUGUAAAUCAACUCGAUGCGCAGCUGGUUCAAGAACGGCAACUUGCAUUUUAUUACCUUGUGAUUUCCAAGUUUUUGAUGAGUUUGUGAUGGAGCCUGAGUCACAAAAGGCAUCUCUUGAUGGGGGUCUUACCUGUGGGACAGCCAUCCCUUCCCCUGUUUGUCCAACUCCUCCAUUGUUGGCCUCUGUUGGAGCCUCAUUGGACGAGGCUGAAGUGGAAAGUGGACUUUCUGCACAGUCAUCCUGCGCAGCUUCGCCUUCAACCUCUGAAAAGUCUGGUCGUAGCUCAAGAGCUUCCCUAUCUGCUACCCGGGCAUCCAGGAAGAAGGAUGUUUCAGAUCAUCCUCUUAGACCUAAAGUUUUGUUGAGUAAGCUAGCACUGAGUGGAGUUGACGAUGCUGAAGAUGGCCGCAAAAGCAGUGCCAGUAACCCACAUUCUCGGUCCAGCACUCCUGACAAAUCUCAAAGCAAUUCAGCAAGCAAGCGGAAAAAUAGUUCAAGUUCAAUUAACCUUGAGUUGUCUGCCAGCAAGAAGAAAAAGACUAACAAAUCUUCUACUCUUGGAGCUUCUGAGCAGUGUGGUGUAUUGAAUGACAAUUACUGCUGGGAGUGCCAUCGAGAUGGGGAGUUCAUCUGCUGCGAGAUGUGCCCUCGUGUAUACCACUUGCGCUGUGCCAACCUCGAGUCUGCGCCGCCUCAGGACUGGGCAUGUCAUCAUUGCCAUGCUAUCAUGCUGGCAGAUAAUGUGGAAAACAGGUCUCGAGCAAUGCAGCUCAUAUCUGUUGACCAGUUGGGAAUGAUGCUCAAGUUUGCUCUUAAAAGAGCCAAGAAGACUCCCAUGAUGGAACCCUUCACUAAACCAGUGGAUGUGGUACAGUUUCCCACAUACCACGAAGUGGUGCUCCAUCCUGUUGACUUCACCACACUCGAGGCCAACAUCAACAACAGAGUCUAUGGCUCUACUGAAGCUUUUGUUGCAGACGUUGGCUGGAUCCUUCACAACUCUGUCAUAUUUAAUGGAGCUAAUUCUAAAGUAACCAACUUGGCGCGCACGGCAGUGAAGAUCAUAAAGCAGGAGAUGAGCGAAAUAGAAACAUGUCCCGACUGCUACAUGAACGCCCACCAGCUGCCCGACACCUGGUUCACCGAAGCCUGUCGACUGGCGCAUCCCCUAGUAUGGGCUCGACUUAAAGGCUUUCCAUACUGGCCUGCCAAGGCUGUCAAGUGGCACAACAGCAGCGUUGACGUGCGCUUCUUUGGCAGACAUGACAAGGCGUGGGUGUCGGCCAAGGACUGCUAUCUCCUCUCAGAGAAAAUGCCCGUCGCGCUGAAGGGGCGGAACAAAACCCUGGAGUCCUGCAUGACUGAGGUGAAGGCCCACAUCGAGUGCCUGAAGAAGCGCUUCGGCAGCUUCGUGUACGCCCCCCACAAGCUCCCCUUCAGCCCCAGCGACCCUCAGCAGGUGCAGGUCCUACUUCCCCUCUACAAGGGACCUCCCCUCGCCCUUCUUCACGCACUCAACCCCUCUUCUGCAGCACCUAGUGAUGACGAGACGUCGUCGGUGGGAUCUUCCGACAGCGCAGCUUCUUCGAGGCGAUCCAGGAGGGAAAAGAAUAUAAAUGAAAUGUCUAGCGAUGUUCCUGAGCAAUCCACUCCUUAUGAAUCAAUAAGCAACCAACCUGAAGAAUCUAUGUCCAACUUUGAACCGGAGUCUGAAGGAAUAGAAAUUACUGAGCACCAAACUCAAUGUUUGGUUAGCAGCAAACUCGAUCUGAAUGAAGAUUGUGAAGUAACUGAUGAUGAAAAACGUCAGGAUAUGGCCGGUGGAAGUAAUAUCGAAGCUCAGAAGUUCAACAAAUUUGAAGAGAAAGAUGAAAAUGAUGAGCAGGAGGCAAAAAAUACAUUGCAAGAUGAAGGUGAUGUUGAUGCUAUCGAUGGUUCAGCAAUGAAACGUGUAACAACUGUCACUAAAGAUCAUUUCGUUGAGACUCUAAACACAGAAGAUCAGACUGGUCACACCUCAGGAAGCGUGCUAGAAGUACAUGAACAGUCUUCACUGAGCUCUAGGUUACCUGAGACUACUAGUCACCUUACUGAAGAAAAUUAUACUCAUUCUGUAUCCGGUCACAUAGUCUCUGAACAUACGCUAACUGUCACUGAGGAAGGAGAUUUACACACUGAGAAUAAUGUUUCACUUGCUCAGCAUGAAGAUUUGUGCUCGAAAGAUGUAGAUUCUUGUGAUAAAACUUAUAACUCGAUUGCUUCCGCAUCAUGUGACAAGUUUGCUGCCACUAACAAUCAAGUUCACGUUUACGAGGAAGAAGAUGUGACCAAGGCAGAAGAAUCUUUUCUGUGCGGAGAUGAAACUGGUGGUGGCAAUGUGGUAUGUGAGGUAGGAAAUGUUGAUGAUCAUCAACUUUGCGAGGAAGAAAUUGAUGAGGAGACAGAGCGGAGAUUACUUGAUGCAGGCACGGAAGAAGGCAACGAUGAUGCUAAUGAAGAAGAAGAAAAGUUAAUGGGAGAGCAAGUUGAAUGUGCCUCGCCUAUUGCCUCUGGAAGCUCCACGACAGAAGUUCUCAAAGAAGAAGAAGCAACUGAUGCUGAUACAAAUCCUUUAGUCAAAUUGUCUAGUAAGAGCGAUGGUACUGAAGGCCAGGCUAGCGGGGACGGCACUGAGGUGAACAUAAAUUAUUUAGAAGAGAGCUUGCUGGCAUUCGAUCGAGAACAGGAACAAAUGGCAACUCAGUCUUGCAGCUCAGAUGAACUGAGUGAUCACGAACAAUCUUCUCCUCAGCUAGCGAAGAUGCAGUCAGAAGCUUCUGGGAUGUUUAAAGCAUCAUCGAGUGUUGCUGCUGAAGCUGAAGCCAUGUUCUCAUUUGGGUCUCUUGGCUGUACUAUUUCAGCUGUGACCGCUAACAAGGAUUCCAUUUCAUUUAAACCUCAAGGGAUGAAAAAGUUCCCAUUGCCGGAGUAUGGAGAGUCAAAAGUCAAAGAAAUGGCAGGCGUGGGGAAAGGUGAAGGAGAACAAGAGAAGAACAAAGGUUGUUCAACAGGACAGAGCAACGGUGGCCAAGGAAGUGAUGGAGGAAGCAGUGAUGAUGGUGGUGGUGGUGACCGAGGUCAGGGUGUUGGAGGACAUGGAAGAAAAAGCGGAGGGGAAGAUGGCGGCGAAGAAAAAAAGGGUAACAAUUUCAUCAAGCCCGUCUUACAGGACGAAGAGGAGGUGGAGGAAGAUGAAGAAGAGGAUGAUUUCGGCGAUGAAGAUGCAAACGACGACGCUGAUGAGAAUGUCAACUUCUCAGGCGAGUUACAGGCUCUACAGAAGAUGACUGAAAGUCGGAUAGAAUCUUUGUCUCCGUCUAUUGCCGCUUGUUUACCUUCAGGAGUUAGUGCUUCAGUAUGUAUCAGUUCGGUAAGCGCUACCAAAUCCUACUCUAAACCACCAGAUGCUGCUAAGUACCCCAGUUUAAGUACUGAUGUGUCUAAGUACUCGGAUGACGUUGCUGACGAGACUGCUAGAACUGUGUCUCGGUCCCUGGCUCUAGGCUGCACCAUCACACCAGCUCUACUUGGUGGCUCAGUUUCAGUGGCCGUUUGUGGAGCCAAUAAACGAAAAGCCUCUGAUUUAGACGAUCAAGAGGACCAAAGUCGAAGAAAGAAACUCAUGAGGCUCAGUGACGCUGGGUCCAAUGCCUCCAGUGAUGAAAUGAACGACCCAGAAGAAGAAGAAGAUUAUGAAGAUGAUGCAGAAGAAGAAAAUAAUGACCAAAAAAUUAGCGAUACUGCUAGCCAACUGCCGUCUUCUGUAAGUGUAACGACGCUUCAUGCAUCCUCGAGUUUAACUAUCAGAGAGACGAAUACGUCUAGGACUGGCGCACAUCUUCUACCAGACUCUGUGUCCGUGACAAGCGUGUCGGCACCAUUAGAAUCAUCAAACUUAAAUACCAAUGACGGAACUGAGAACAGCAGAGGCAGUGACGUUAGUUCUAAUAACGAGAAAUCUAAUAACAAAUCGUAUACUAUUUCUAGGCUGGAAAAUACCUGCACCAGUCAAUCAAGGGAUAGUCCUGGUUCUCAAGGUAGCCCAACUUUGAAUCUGAAGUCAAGUUCAACUGAAGACUUGAUAGAAUCUGUGCUGAAGCGUGGCUGUUUGGCAAGAUUAAGUCAAUCCGACGACUCCAAUGAUUCAGAGAACAAGCCAUCAACGCCUCGACGUAAAUCUUCAGACAGCAACUCCGACACAGCCGCGGAUACUCUCAGUCGAAUCAGCAAGCAGGUUUCAAUAAGUUCUGUCAGUGCCAAAGCACCCAGCAAAAGAGACUCCAGUAGUCCAGACUCAGCCCUUAGCUCGUCGUUGUCUGCGUUAGGUUCUAGUAUAAGUAUCAGCAUUAGUAGUGCUAGUGUCAGCAACACGUCGUCAAUGGUGUCAUCUAGCAGUGUCAGCGUCAUCAGAAACCUCGAGCGUAAUACCGCCAAGUCACAGAAAUCUUCUAAUGAUGAAGUUGCUUCUGAAAAAUCCAAUGAUACAUCACAGUCUAGUAAAGCUGCUAAAGAAAUACCAGGACUUGCUCGAGAUGUAGACAUCAAACCGACACUGGACGCAAGUGGUCGAGUCAUCACGUCAGGAAGUGUCAAAGAAUCCUCGCCCUCCACUGCCACUGCGACCUCCGGCAGCAGCACAGCCUCUGACCAGAAGACUCGCUCGUCUCCGAAGAAAGAAGAUCAGUCCCCAAAUUCUAUUAGCGGUGUUGAUACUUCAAAAAUCAACGCUUCUGUUUCCAUAAUUGCCGUGAGCACAAUGGCGGAGAAAAGCCGUGCUACCUCGACCACUGCUUCGUCGCGGCCUUCGUCAGGCACGUCUGCUCGCUCCAACUCCUCAUCGCCGGGACACAGCAGCAGAGCCUCGCCUGCUGUGGGCAAUAUAAGCAUAAAGGGCUCGUCUCUACUGCAGGAGACGCUGCCCACGGUACCUCCCCCUCCUCCUUUAUCCCAGGCACAACAAACCGCAACGUCCAUGUCCCGGGGAAUGAACUUCGCAGCCCCUGGGGCGAUCAACGGACCUGUUAGAAAUGUCGCCAUGAUGCGAGGUAUGGCCCCCGGCCUCGUGGUGGGGGGCGGUCGCAUGGCAUGCCCCCCAUUGAGGCCCCAAAACAUGCAGGGGGUUGUACCCCCUCCAGAAGCUGGGCAUUUAUCACAACAACUUCACCAGCACUCGCACAAGCUCGCGGAGAUCAUGCGGGCGAGUUUAGAAGAAGUUUUGUCGGGUCUCGUGGUCGCCGGCACUCCAGAGGCAAGGGUUGCCGCCCUGCAACUAGAACUUGAGCGCAGCAAUUGGAGGCAUCAGCAGGAGGUGAUGGAGGUGCGACAUAACUCAGACAUCAUGCUGGGCGAGAUGAGAGCAAGUCUCGAGGCUGAGAAACAUCGCGCUGUUGAAGAGAUGCGUCGUUCAAUGGAACAACAACAAGUAGAGAUCCGACGUCAAAUGGAACGUCGUCUCAGCGAGAAGAUAUCAGAAGUGAAGCGUCAGUGCGACGUAGAGAAGCAGCGCGCAGUCGAGGACACGAAGAAGAAGCAGUGGUGCGCUAACUGCGGCAAGGAGGCUCUCUUCUUCUGCUGCUGGAACACUUCUUACUGCGACUACCCCUGUCAGCAAGCCCACUGGCCCCACCACAUGGCGGUGUGCGGGCAAAACAGCGACGGCGGCGGCGGCGGCGGGACUAACAACGGCGCUGUUAACAGCCACGAGGCCGCUACAGCAGCUGUAACGGACGCUGUUAACGGCGAUAUAACAGCGGGACAACAUGGGUCACGGGGACCCACUCCCAUACACGGCAUCGUGUCCCAGGGGUCGUGUGGUGGUGGUGAUGUAAGUGUUGGUGAUGAUGAUGGUGGUGUGCUUGUGAACGAAGCGGUUCAAAUACGUCCUCCGUUGUUGGUGCGACCUCAGCCUCGUCUCGCUCCUCUCGUCAAGAAGAAAAAGAAAAAGAAAGUUCAUGGAGCUUCACAUGGAAAUGAAAAUCCGAGUACCUGUUCGCUUGCAAAAAAUAACAUAACCUCUGUUGGCCAGCUGGGAGUAUUUAGCGACAUGUUAAGUAGCCUUUCUUCAUUCAAGGACAAGAAUCUUGAUAUAAUCAGUUCAUCUUUAAUGUCACAUUCAUCUAAUGCGGCCAUAUUGCCGCCUAUAACUUCCAAGUCCAAGAUUAUGCCGAGCAAAUCUUCUUCCAGUAAUUCUGUUGCUUCAAGUCAUGCCAGUAAAUUCCAGUCGUCUAAAAGUAGCGAAUCGCCUCCUGCGUUUAUUAAAAACAGUCCUAAAGCUUGGAUGGACUGGUUCAUAGAGCAGUCAGGCUCUGAAGGCAUCAAAAGUAAUCUCCAGGCAGGAAAAACCAAAACAAAACCGACCAUUCAUGCCACGCCAGUAACGUUUCUUAGUUCUGACGCGAUGCCGAAGAAGAAAAAGCGUAAGAGCACUCCAUGCGUACGUCGUAAAAUGGACCACGUACUUACCCCUGAAGAGAUCACACAAGAAAUGCUUGACCGUGUCGCCAAAACUCCUAAAGAGAAAACGCAUGACCAAGAAACUGGGACCUCUUGCCAUCAAUGUCGCCAAAAAACCGCCGACUUUAAGACCAUAUGUCGGUCGGGGAGUUGUGUGGGGUUGCGGGGGUAUUUCUGUGGUCCGUGUCUCAAUACUCGCUAUGGGGAAGACGCUCGGACUGCUCUGCUUAACCCCACCUGGCACUGUCCCGUUUGUCGUAAAAUAUGCAACUGUUCCUUGUGCCGUAAAGCCUACGAUAAAGACUCGUUAGCUGGUUUCAAGAUCGGGAUUCAAGGUCGGGGUUCGCCCACCUCGAAUCCCGACACUUCGAAGACUAAGAAAUCUAACAAAUUGGCCGAAGUAUUCCGUAGAGAUCGCGUCUCGAUUGAUAAAUCUAAUGAUUUAUCAAUCAGUGAAGCUGGUGAAGAAUCAAGAGGCCGUUACGAAAUUGUUAGUCAUGAUGAAAUCGUUGCAAUUACCUCGACCAGUCAGACUUCUGUGGCGUCCGACGAUGGUUUAGGACAAGCGUUGGGGGGAAAUAAACUCUCUAUAUCGGCAAUGGAUGAUGGACAGUGCAUAAUUGACGAUGCUGAUGAAAUUACAGUUGAAGAAAUCAAAGUAGAAAUACCAGAAUAAACUUAAAAAUCGAAUGCUCGUUUUUUGAAUGUAUUUUUUGUUCUCCGUCCUGCUUGACACAAAUCUCUUUGUGUCACGCAACAAUUGAAUAUUUAAUUUAAUUGAUUUAUUUAAAUGUCAAACAGUGUUUUGGUUCAGCAUAAACAUACCUACAACUUCUAUAUUUUGAAAUGAAAUAAGAAUCACAAUCUUAAUAUUGUUGUAGUUCGAUAAUUUCCUCAUUGUAGUCAAAACUUAAUCAAAUAAUAAAAUUAAAUAAACAUUAUGAUUAUUUAUUUAAAUGUUUUUUAUUGCCGUUGAAAUUGUUCGAACUACUUUAAUUUAAACUCGUAUUCAUAUGGGACUACAAUCUAUCUAAUCAUGACACUUUUCGAGAUUAUCGUCCAAGUGAUAUCAGUUUUACCUAUACAAUUAAUUCAAUUAUUAAAAUAGAUUAAUUGAU